CCACAACGGCCAUCUUCGGCGAAACGCGGCUGCGCGCCACGAGCGUCAUGGUUAAUACACGACAUACACUGCAUUCGUACCCACUACCCGGCACACACCGCCGUCGUUAGCGUAGCRACUGAAACGGCGAGAAACCCCGUACGGCCGUACUGCGCGUACCCCAUUGACGUUGAGCCGCCGCGUCAGUAACAGCGAGCGAGCGUGCGCAUAUGGCAUAUUCUCUCGCGCGUGUCCAGGUGUACUACAAACAUCAGACGAGUAUUACGGUCGGGAAUCCAACUCGCUCCAAACGAUUACAUUAUAUUAUAAAUAUUUUUCAAGAUUUAACGUGCGGUUAAUUCGGAAACGCUACUAAACAGACAAGAGGAUUUCGUUUCGAUACAUCGUCGUCCCUUCCUAUGUCGAUCGCGCGCGAAAAAUCGUCGGGGCUGAAUCACGUAACGGUUUUUGGGCGCWCGCAUAGUUAAGUAUACGUUUCCGUCUUUUUCCGUCGGUUGAUAGUGCGUCGGACGCCGCCGCCGUCGCCGUUUGUCCGCGGUGGACGCCGACGACGACGACGUAGGAGACCGCGACGACUGUGAACGGACCUUCCGGUUCGUCGCCGCCGCCGUCGAGCUUGUGUGUUAAGUGUUUAGAACGUCCAACGAGUGCCGGCGCGUGCGUGCGUGCUAGCGAGUGACAAUAAUAAUAAUAGUAAUAUAAUUUAUUAUUAUGUGCAAUAAAGCCGCUGCGACUACAACUACGCGGACGGUCGGCGGUGUUAUUGCGGACCAGACCGAUUAUCGUUAUUGCGCAGUUGCGGUGCCCGUCGUUGAAUUAUAAGGAGGAAACAUGAAGGAAAAGGAGAAUGCCAGUGUAAGUUUCUCCCAGUGGCAGACAUGGGUUUUGGACGCAGUAAAUAAAAUUCGUGGCCAAAAGCAGCGGCCAUCCUUGGAACGUAUUGUGAAUGCAAUACGUCAACAUCAUCGUUACUCUGUAGGGGAUAUUGAAACACAAGUUGAACGAUGUGUGGAAAGUGGUGCUGUGUUGAAAGUCUUCAACAAAGGCCAAAAUACUUAUAUGAACCCUGGUGGCACUGCAAAUCGUAAACUGGUUAUUAAUGCAGAUACUGAUUUAACAAAAAUUUUGGUGAAAGUAGUAGGCCAAUUAGAUGAAGAAGGUUCAUCGUAUAAAAAUAUUGAUCGGUAUAUUCAGCAUGCCUAUUGUAUAGAACUUAAAAAUGAAGGAUGUGACUUGACUUCAUUACUCAAAUCAACAUUGACCAAAGCAGUUGAUAAGGGUUUAUUGGUGUUKGAUGGAAAAUUAUAUAGGUUACCUGUUAGUCCAGAUUCUACUACAUCAUUGAUUGGAACACCUGUCUUAAAAUAUAGUUCUGGAAGAAAAGCACGAUUGCUUAAAGUAGAUUCAAAUGAAAUCGGAACAACCCCCCUUUCACUCCGUAGAGCUGGAAGAAAAAGGAAGAAGUUAUCGGUUUGUGAUACUAGUUCAUUGACAGAUAAUGAAGCCAGUGACAAAGAAAUAAAUAAAGUAAUAAAGGCUUCCAGGAAUGUUUGUGCUGAUUGUUUAGGUACAUCAGCAAGAAACCAUUGCGGUGAAGCAGAAUCAUUAAAACAAUGUAGAGGUGGUUGUGGAGUUUCAUUACAUCCUUCUUGUUUAGCCAUUAAAUGUAGUGGCCCUUUGACUGCUUUGUUAGCUCGUGGUUCUCGAUGGUUUUGUCAGGACUGUAGAACAUGYUCAGCUAUACCAUCCUGUUCAGUGACUGAACAUAUGUUUUUAUUAAACUGUGAUACAUGCGAUCGAGGUUAUCAUAUGCAAUGUCUACAACCUCCGGCUGUGGAUAAACCAAAAUCGGCAUGGCGUUGUUCAUUUUGCUUAGAUCAUCAUGACACCACCAUUUCUAUGGAGGUAGAACCAUUUGAAGAACGGAGGGGUAGGAAAAAGUCAAGUAUUAAAAACCAAAGGUCUAGUCGUGGUCGAAGUCAACAUCUAAAAGUGCAAGAUCUUAAGCUCAAGACUUCAUCCACUUCAAGUUCAAUGAAUCAACGUGAUGUCACGGAAGACGGUAAUGUCUCCUCUCCUGACUCCUCGGCUCCCCCCUCUCCCGUUCCGAUUAGCGGCAGUGUGCGGCGGGACACUGCUAUCUCCAAGGAGAAAGCAAAAUUCUUUAGGCAAAGUGCUGCGUUUAAUGCGCGAGGUGUGAACGGGAGAGGAUCUGGUGUGCCGAAAGUCAAUGCCCCCCUAAAAAUGCGCCUUAGCUCUAGCAGCAGUGACAGCUCUAGCAGCUCGAGUUCAAGCUCGAGCAGCCGCAGUCGCAGCAGCAGUUCAAGUAGCACAACCAGUAGCUCUAGUGAUAGUAGUAACAGCUCUAGCAGCAGUAGUAGCAGCAGUGCGCAUGCUUGUUCUCUUUCUGUGCGUCCAAGCCGGCCCGUAUUUCCUCUCCCGAAAUGUCUCGCCGCAAGGAAUGCCGAUUUAAACAAAAGUCCUUCAAAUCUGUCUUCUAAAAGUUGUAAUUCAACAACAGUCUCUGUUGAAUCUUCUAAAAAAAAUGAACAUCGUUCAAGUUAUAAACUGAAUGAUUCAAGUAAUAUAAAAAAAAUUGAUAAAAAAAAUGAUGAUCAAUCUAAAGUAACCCCAAAAGUAUUAUUAAGAGCACCAAAACUAAUUGCUAAAGUCAAUUGUUCACAACCUAAAAUUUUUCCACUUUCACAUUCGAAAUCAGAUAAUUCAGAUUCACCCAUUUCUCUGUUUAAACAAUUAUUGACAGAGAAUUCAGAUAAACCUUGGGGGUUUGCUGCUUUGGCUGCCAAAGCUCCCAUUGAACCUAUAAAACCUGAAGUCUAUAAUAGUAAGAAAGAUAAACCUAUUGCUGGAUUUAUUCAAUUGAAGGGGUUGUUUGAUGGGUUAAGUCAUUUCUAUUCAACACCAUUACAAUCUCGUACUCGACCUCGAAAUGAAAAAGAUCCAAAAUUAUCCACUAAAUCUGACUCAAAAGUCAUUUGUGCUGAUAAAAAGCUUAAAAUACUCGACAAACAACAAUCUCCUAGUUUUUUGGUUAAGUCAGCUGUAUCAUCAAAAUUGAUGGAAACUAGGGAAGUAGCAGAAAUAGAGGGUGAUAAAAUGCUUAAUAAUGAUAAAUCCUUAGACAUUUCUCCUUCCGCCUUCCGUGACCAUCUGUCCGUGCCGACGAUACGUCCAGUCACCCGUUCCGUGUUGGAAAAUAUGAGCCGCCUUGUUGCAUCAGACUUACCAUCUGGCGUUUUACAUGAGGAUGUUGAAAUCUAUAAAGAGACAAGAACACGAGCAAUGAAUAGUACAAUUCAAGCUCCAGAGUUCAUUGCGUCUAAUCAUCCAGUGAGAUGUCCUGCUGCAAUUCAAUUUGGUAAAUAUGAAGUAGAGACAUGGUUUUCAUCUCCUUUUCCGCAAGAGUAUGCUAGACUUCCGAAACUGUUUCUUUGUGAGUUUUGUUUAAAAUAUACUAAAAGUAAAUCAGUUUUGGAAAGACACAUGCACAACUGUAACUGGAGACACCCACCUGCUACUGAAAUCUAUCGGCGUGGAAAUCUGAGUGUUUUUGAAGUUGAUGGAAACGCCAAUAAAAUCUAUUGCCAAACAUUAUGUUUAUUAGCAAAAUUAUUUUUGGAUCAUAAAACUUUGUAUUAUGAUGUUGAACCUUUCCUUUUCUAUGUUUUGACAAAAAAUGACGGUUUUGGCUGUCAUUUGGUCGGUUACUUUUCUAAAGAAAAACACUGUCAGCAAAAAUAUAAUGUAUCUUGUAUCUUAACUAUGCCUCAAUAUCAAAGACAAGGGUUUGGACGAUUUCUUAUUGAAUUCAGCUACCUUCUAUCAAAAAUUGAAGGACAACCAGGAACACCAGAAAAACCUCUUUCCGACUUGGGUCAAGUAUCAUAUCACGCAUAUUGGAAAGCUGUUAUAUUAGAAUAUUUAGACAAACACAGAGACAAUGAAUCUAUCUGUAUUAAUGAUAUUAGCAGUAAAACUGGUUUAAUGAGACAUGAUAUUACAUACACAUUACAAUCUCUCAACAUGGUUGUUGAAAUCUGUGAAAAAUUGACUAUUUGUAUUGACUGGAAUAUUGUAGAUGCUCAUUUAAAAAAGAAAAAUUCAUCUAAACAAAUUCCAAUUGACCCAGAAUGUCUAAGAUGGACUCCUCUAAUGCCAGCAUCCAAUUUAUUAGUUUCACCAGAUGACAAAGAUAACCAAGACUUUGAAGAACCUCUUCCKAUAAAAAUUGAAAUAAUCAAAAGUCCAAUUAAAAAGAAGCGCAUUACAAGAAGAAUGCCAAUGAUAAAGAGGCGUAGGAAAAUGGAUAAGAAGAAGCGUAGGUGUUUAUAUGGUGCAGAAAAGAAGCCUAAUUCUAUUUUAUCUAUUGACACCACAUUAAGUCAAGUCGAAGAAGAUCCAAAUGUGAAAAAUAAUAUGAAUGGACAAGUAAUCAAUUUAAAAGAAGAAGAAAACAUCAUUGAAGAUAAUUCCUUAAAUGAAAAGUCUGAGCAAAACUGGAAAUCUGAUGAAAAAUCUGCCAAAAAAGACAUUAUGAAGGAAGAAUUGAARGAAGAGAGGAUUGAAGAUAUACAAACAGAAAUAUUAAAACCUAAAUCCCCUGCUAAAACCAAACAAAGUUCAAUCACAAAUUUCCUCAAGCGRGAAAAUCCUGAUAUUAAAAAUACUAUUCCUCAAAAAAAGAAGAGAAAAUUGCCUCGAGGCAGAUCACGUAAAAGGCAAAGACCCAAAACUCAAAAUGACAACAUUGAACCUAAAGUCAAGAAAGUUCGAAAGAUAGAACAAAAGUCUCUUGAAAUUGAAACUAUUGACGAAAAUGUAGAAUCACAGCCUGUGAAAAAUGAGAACAUUGACGAACUAGACAACAAUGAUGAGCAGAACAAUAAGAUUGUAGAAGAAAAACAGGAAAAUAAUGAAAUAUCUGAAAAAUAUGACAACGAAGAAGAAAAAGAAAACCUACAUGAAUGCAAUGAUAAGAGUCCAGAAAACAUUAGCGAAGAAAAAGAGGAUAAUCAUACAAAGUUAGAAGAAGAAAAACCAGUAGAGGAAAAGAUAGAUCAAAUUGAUACUGAYGUAUUGAUUGAAAAUUCUAAGAAUUUUACAGCUGAAUGUUCUAAAACAAACACGGAUGUUAAGGCUGAUGAGAUAACUGUUGAAAAUAUUAUUUGUUCUAAAAUUAAUGGUGAUAACAUUGCAAAUUCCAAGGAGGAAGAAAUCGAACAAACGCAAAAUGAAUUAGGUAGUAAUGUUAACUCUGUAGAAGUAACAACUGACGAUGACAUUAUAAAACGUUCAAAUGGUAGAGAGCCUGUAGGUGAUAUGCCUAAUGAUGUUCCUAAAAUAAAACUAUCAGAAUCUAAAGAAGAAUCUUCUAACAAUGCUGUUGAAUUUACAUGCAAUUUAGAGAAGUCUCUUAAAUCUAAUAUGGAUAAUGUAAUAUUAGAAAAACCUAAAGUACAACCUUGUAAUAGUGUUGUAUCUCUGGAUAUGAAGCAAAAUGAGAAUAUGCCAAAUAACUAUGAUAAGACAAAUGUUAUUCUAACUGAAACAAAGCAAUUUAAUGAUCAAGUUGUUUUAUCAACUAAAUUUAAAGAAGAUUCUGUUGAAACUGAUACAAGAAUGUUAAAUAGUACAGAAACAUGCAAUAAUUUUUCCAAAACUGAUAAUGUACAGCCUUCAUUGUCUUCUAUCACUGAUAAACAGUACACUAAUUGUACAAUGGUUACAAAUGAUUUUUGUAAGCCAUUGCCAGAUUCAUCAUUGUUGUCAAAUGUCAAACAAUAUGGUAGUGAACCGUUGCCAAAUGAAUACAGUAAAUCAGGCACUGUACUUCCAAAUUCAAAACAAUAUGGUGAGGCUUUAUUGAAUGAUUAUAGAAAAUUGGACAUGCAUCAGCCAGAUAUAAACAAGCAAAUGUUYAAUAAAGAAGAUUCUGUUGAAUAUAUAAAGAACUUGCAAGGUCUUCCAACACCCAUUAAUAGUUCACAAGAUGUAUUUAAGGUCGUGGAGCAAUCUAAACCUAAAGUUUCUGAAAAAAAUUAUUCUCCUUCAAUUGUGGCUGACCACACAAUAGUUGUCCCUAAAUAUGAUGGUGUCAAACAUGAGAAGCAAUCCAAAAGAACAACACCUUCACCAAAAACUGUGCCAUAUCGUUUGCCCACUGAAGUGCCACAAGUAGAUAAAUCCCGAUUGCAUGAAUACUUGCCCACCAUGGGGUUUCUAAACUAUCAAAAAAUUAAUAAUUCUAUAGGUAUGGGUCAUCCAGAUAUUCCUAAAACAACAAAAGACAUGUAUGCAGACAAAAAAACUGAUGCUGUCAACAUGAAUUUACCCAAAGACAAAGAAGUAAUGAACUUGCCUAAAACUAUGGACAACAGUCUUUUAUAUUCAUCUGUUAUGCAACAAUCCCCAUAUACAGAUCAAUCUAUGAUGCACUUAUCGCUCCAUCAUCAUUUGGCCCAUUCAUCCCAAUAUCAUCAUACUCCACCUGUGCCUUCUCAGGUGCCACCUCCUGUUCAUCAGACAAAAUCUCGGAGUAAAAAAAGUGAACAAAGGAGAUUGGCUCAACAGAAUCAGACGCCUGUUGCACCGUCUACUCAACAACCUACCCCUCCACCAAUACCUAGCCACACACAAUCAUAUCACCAUCAYCAUCAAACAGCUACAUACAUGAUGCCACAGCCAUCACCCUCUAGUCCCUAUCACCAUUCCGUGAUCCAACACCGAAUGGGCCAACAAGCAGGCACAUGUUCGUCUGCUGAUUUUUACUUAUCACAUUCUAACCAACACGCAGUUGCUGCAGCUGCACAGAUGGCUUCGUGCAAUCUUUCCAAACUUCAGCAAAUGACAAAUGGAUUGGAUCACCAUCGCAGGCAUAUCUCUUCACCUGCAUCAUCGCCAGCCUCUUCCCCAGCCAACAUGACUCCACCUCCUCCCGCUGCAUCUGCAGCCGCUGCACAUUUGCUGCAACAGUCUGCGGUUGCUUAUCACAAAUUGUACCAACAAGCAGGUCAGACCAAUCAGUCACGACAGUAUGGUCAUCAAACACGAGGUUCUCCGGCAUCACCUAAUGUUGGUCUCAUGACAAUGCAGUAUGGAGCACCACCUCCUUUCAACGGUUACAGGGUAGCGUCACAAUCCACUCCACCACCAUCUGCUACUAGUUAUAUGAACCAGACAGCUGGACAAUUGCAGUACUCGACGCAUACACAAGAUCCACACCAUCAGAAUAGUGUGUAUCCAACUUCGGCAUACAACGGCUCGUAUUUACAACCACUAAAUGGGUCCAUGCAUAGAUAAUCUCUUGUUAUAUUAUUAUUUUUAUUAUUAACUUUUUUUUUUUUAUAUUAAUGAUUAAAAGAUUGUUAUUCACCAUCAUAACAUAAUAUACUUUUUUAUAAACAUACAAUAAAGAAGAAAAAAAUGUUACCAGUUUGUUAUAUUAAGAUGAAAACGACAACAAAAAAUUCAUUUUAUACCCUAAGAAAAGUACAUUUGCAACAGACCGAUUCUUAUCUUUAAGUUAUGUUAGUUCACAAACAGUAUUUUUUAUUUUUUUAGUUGUGUAUGCUAUGCAUUAUUUUUAUUUUUUUAUUUAUCACAACAAUUUGUAUUUAAUUAUUAACUUUUCUUUCUGUUGAUUGUUGAGAUCAAUAUGUAAACGUUACAAUUCAAAAAAUAUGUUAAAGGAACGGGUACGUCAAGUUUUUAUUGUACAAAGUUCAAAGAAUUUCCUUAGUCUAUAAGUACAUUUUAAAACACUUGAAAGUCUAGUUUCAGCUUGUUAUUUAUUUUUUUCUACUGUAAUUGU